GUCCCCGGCGGCGUCCGAUGAUCUUAUCGGUUUUCGGACGUACGCAGUUCCGCCUGUGCUUUACCCGGUGCAACGAUAUCUCGUCGGAAUCACUGUCGGACGCGUUCGCCGAGCUGUACGCAACAAAGGUGCACGACCAAACGCGACAGUGCCGAAAACCGCGGUUGCCGUUCGUGUUCCCGCCGACGGCCAAGCAAAUUGCACAUCGUGUUUCGUCCGCAAUCGGGGCAACAGUUGAACCGCUCGAUCGCGUCACGCUCGUCAUCUCCUGUCCCCGCGGACCACUACCACCGAAUACGUUGUUGUUCGUCCUGCAAGGUACCCACCGCGUGCACCUUCCCAGUGAAGACGUGAGACCAUUAAUGGCGGACGCCGAGUGCACCGGUUUUCCGGACAAGGAAAAAAUUUCGAAAAGACUUAAAGUUUACUUAAAUGAAUGGAGAGAAAUUAUAGUAAUGCUAAAUGCAAUAAUGGAAUGGAAAAAAAAUUGGUUUCCUGCAAUUACAGUCACAUGUGUAACGAGUUUAUUUUUUUACGUUUGGCUGGUCAACUGUUCAACUCUAAACAUAUUUUGGACGAUCUGUCUGUGCACGACACUGUUGGAUUACAUUGUGUGUGGUCCAUUUCAAAAGAUGUUGCCACCGAACAGCUGGGACCAAGAGAAAGAGGAUACAUAUACGAUCAUUGUCGAGUCUAUAGCGGAAUACUGUGUAACGUUGAGGUUAUACAUGGAGCGGUUUUUCAAGCUCAGACAAACCAACACUAGACUGUUCCAUGCUGUUCUCUCAGUAUCAUUUUUCAGUCUUUUAUAUAUUGGAAUUACAUUCAACAAUUUAAUCAUGUCCUACAUUACAGUUUUGGUCAUUUUGUUAUUUCCGGGAUUCAAAAUAAGAUCAGAAUAUAUCGAGGAUAGUAUACAACAUUACAUUAAUCUUAUGGUAUCAUACUUGUGGUCUUCUGACAGAAAAAUAUCGCCAUUGUAAAGAUUUCAUCAUCAGCUUUGGUUUUCAAGUACACAACCAAUACAGUAUUUUUUCAGUUUCACUAUAAUGAAGUUAUUUAUUUAAUAUUAUUUGUGCAAAUCCAAUACAAAUUUUCACAUUAUAUUCAUCAUCUGUAUUCAACCCAAGCAUGUAAACAUAAUAUGAUAAUUACCACUUAUAUAUUUACAUCAUAA